UUUGAAACUGAGACAGUUGUUAUUCCAUUAUUAUAUCCCCUAAAGCUUUGAAUAAUAUUCGUUUCUUACCUCUUAAUUAGUGCACAGGACUCUCUAUGUGAGCUUUAUUCUCUGUUUUUCUGCAGGUGUAACGUUGGAUCAUACUUUAACUGAUUAUAAUCGAGACUCCUUGGAAAUGGGCCCUCCAAAGAACAGGUGGACAGAAACAGAAGAAGCAGCUUUUAAGGCUGGCAUGGCCAAGCAUGGCAUAGGAAAAUGGAGUGAGAUACUGAAAGACCCAGAAUUUAAGAUCGUCUUGAGUUCACGUACAAAUGUGAACCUUAAGGAUAAAUGGCGGAACAUGAAUAUGAUGGCAAGUGGUUCGGGGUCUCAGUACAAGGCUAGUACUUUAUCUAAAAACAAUCAGAAGACUUCCAAUGAUGAUGGAAAUUCUGUGGCUCCUGGCAUGGUAACCAAGAAUGAUAAAGAAGCUCUGCCUCUGGCAGUAUAUGGUGAAACACCAGAGGAGACCAGUUCUAAAACACAAAUUUCCAGGUUAGAUGAUCUUAUAUUAGAGGCUAUAACCAAGCUGAAGGAGCCUCAUGGAUCUAAUCGGGCGGCAAUUAUGCAGUACAUAGUGGAGUGUCAAUUGGCACCGCCUGACUUUGAAAAGAAGUUGGCUGCAAAUUUAAAGAUUUUAACAGAAGCAGGACGACUGGUUAAGGUGAAGCGUCUAUAUAAGAUUGCAUCAAGUUCAAUGUCGCUUGAUGUAGGAAAAGACCCUUCCCCUUUGCUUCAGGGCGAAACACACAAGGUUUCUUCAGAAGUAUACAUAAAUAAGUUCAGAAUGCUUACCAGAGCCGAGGUUGAUGCUGAAUUAGAAGCAAUGAUGAGAAUGACUACACAGAAGGCUGCAGCAGCUGCUGAACGUGCAGUAGAGGAGGCGGAAGCUGCAAUAGCAGCAGCCGAGGAAGCAGAAAGGGAAGCCAAAGAAGCAGAAGCCAAAGCAGAAGCUGCAUGGUGUGUUGCUGAGGAAGAAAUGAAGUCAUUUAAACAUAAAAAUGUCCAUGCCAGAAUCCCAGGUGGCAAGUAUGCAAGGGCUUUCUUCUGAGAUGAACUCCUUUUAUAAUGGGAUCAGGGAUGUAACU